AUGUUAGCGGUUAAACCAGAUUCAGGAAGUAUAAGUAAUACAAGAAAACAUGUGCCGUGCCAUUGUAAUAUAUGUAAAUGUCGUAAAGUUGAUCCACGUACAAGAAAAUUACAUACAAAAGAAAAGGAAUUUGGAUCAAGAGAAUUUGUUGAAUCUUCCAGGAUAGCAUCACCUUCUGGAAUGACAGAAGAUAUUUUAAGCGAUCAUAUGAAUACAGACGUAGAUAUUGUAAAUGAUGAUCUUAUCAGCCAAGAAUUUAAUUUUCUUGUUAUGGGCCCAAAAUUAUCCGAUGAUCCUGCCAGUGAUCAAGAAUUUAAUUUUUUUAUUAUAAGCUCAAAAUCAUCUAAAGGAAAGCAAAAACAAUUAGGUGGUCAUAUUAGUUUCCUAACGGCUAGAUAUUGGCUAUCUGAUACUGCUACUAAUUCUCUUAUAAAGUUUAUGAGAUAUCUAUUGCUCUUGGUUGAUAGAAAUAUCUAUUCAGAAUUUCCAAAAUCUUUACAUAUAGUACGGAAAUUAUUUGGUAUCAGCGAUCACAUGAUUAAGUACGCAACUUGUAAAAAAUGCUGUAAAAUAUACGCGGUAAAAGAUUUGACAACCGAUAAACCAUACUAUUGUACAUUCAAGGACUUCCUGAAUCAUCCGAUGACUAAGUUGAGAUCCCCAUGCUCUUUUCAUAAUAGUAACCGACAUAUUGAGCCGAAAUUACUCAAGAUUGUUCAAAAUUAUUCACGUCUUGACGAGUUAUCAUUAUUUGUCAAUGAAAAUCAACACCUUUUAGAAUGUUUGCCUUAUAUUGCUCUUAAGGAAACAGUCAGUAGCCUCACAGCUAAUGAAGAUUUUGAUUUGAUGAAAUAUUCAGAAUUUUUAACAAUGUCAAAAAAUGUAAAGGAGAAAGUAGGAACAGGGUUGGAGCCUUUUUCAGGUGCACUUCUUAAACCAAUGAAGAGUGUGAAAUUGUCAUCAGAAAUAUUAGCAUUAUUGGUAGAAUAUUACAAUAAUGCCUGUAAUAAUUCUUUUGUGUCCUUAUCAGAUAUCUAUAAUUCAUUACCAGGAACAAUAGCAGUUUUCCCACAAAUUAAUCAAUUUGGUAGAUUAAGACUUGAAGCGGAAGAUGAUUGA